AUGCUAGGUUCCAUUUAUCUUGUCCUCGCGGCAUCUUUGGCCGUCUCACAAGCCCUCCAAGGCUCUCCCGCUACUCAGACCUGCUCGGACCCAUGGGCAAGAGUCUCACCCGCAAAAGGCGCGGUGGUGGUGGACAACAGUGCCAGUCCGUACCCAGGCUCGCUCUCUACCGUGCAGGCUGGAGUUGAUGCUCUAAAUAGGACGACUACCAUCCCGCAGACUCUCUUUGUCUUCCCCGGGACCUACGUCGAACAGGUCUAUAUUCCACGUCUUAAGUCCAACUUGACCGUCCAGGGGUAUACAUGCAACUCCAAGGGAUAUGAGCAAAAUACGGCCACGAUUACCUAUAAUCUGGCCCUCAUCAACACCACCAGUGAUGACAAGACCGCGACCUUGCGCCAAUGGAACCCCAACACGAAGGUGUACAACAUGAAUAUUGUCAACACCUUCGGCCAUAUUCUGAAGAAUGGUCAAAAUCUGGCCGUGUCUGCAGAGACCACCGGUCAGGGUUACUACGGUUGCCAGCUGAUCGGGUAUCAGGAUACUUUGCUUGCCGAAACUGGUUCCCAGCUCUACGCCAAAAGCCUGAUCGUUGGGGCUGUCGACUUCAUUUUUGGAGAGACGGCCCUGGCGUGGUUCGAAGGCAUUGACAUCCGCACCAUUGCUACCGGAUGCAUCACUGCUUCGGGCCGUAGCAGCGCCAGCAACCCGUCAUGGUACGUGAUCAGCCGUUCGAACGUCUCUGGAAUCAACGACACGAUUCCGGCGGGUACCAGCAACCUCGGUCGUCCCUGGGGAUCUUUUGCCCGUGUCGUCUUCCAGGAGACCUAUCUGGGCAAUGUCGUCGCCGCUGCAGGCUGGAAGCAAUGGUCGACCAGCACCCCCAACAUCGCCAACGUUACUUUUGCCGAGUACAACAACUCCGGUCCUGGAUCUGUUCUAGAAGAAAGGCCCCGAGCGGAUUUCAGCGAACAGUUGACUGCGCCCGUUUCGAUCCAGUCCAUUCUCGGUGAGAAUUUCAAAGAUGAGUGGUGGAUCGACACCAGCUAUCUUGAUCCGAGUGAUAUGAGAGCAGUGAGAGUUGGUGAGAGUUGGUCUGACUUAUCCAAGUAG